GAAGCCUCCAGGCUCUUGUAUCACCACGCGUGCGCGCUCACAUCCCUGCGGUGACGGAACGCCCCUCGAAUUCCUCCAGCUUCCAUCCGACCAACCUUCGCGAUGCCUCUGUGCGGUGGAUCGAAGACUGUACAGCGCAAGCUGGUACUUCUCGGCGACGGUGCUUGCGGCAAGACAUCGCUGUUGAACGUUUUCACAAGAGGGUAUUUUCCAACAGUAUAUGAACCUACAGUGUUUGAAAACUACGUACACGAUAUCUACAUCGACAACACACACGUAGAACUUAGUCUGUGGGAUACCGCCGGACAAGAAGAAUUCGACAGGUUACGGUCCCUCAGCUACGAUGACACGCACGCGAUCAUGCUCUGCUUUUCGGUUGACUCGCCCGAUUCCCUCGAAAACGUAGAAACGAAAUGGGUGGGUGAGAUAACUGAGAACUGUCCAGGCGUUAAGCUUGUCCUGGUGGCGCUCAAGUGCGAUCUGCGGAAGCGAGAGGAUGAUGAUGCCGAGGAUGACCAGCCGGCGAAGCCGUGUAUCGACUACGACGAAGGCCUGCGCGUUGCAGAGAAGAUCAAGGCGCUGCGAUACCUUGAAUGCUCCGCUAUGAAAAACCGAGGCGUCAACGAGGCUUUCACAGAGGCCGCCCGCGUCGCUCUACAAGUCAAGACAAGCAAGGACAAGAGUGGAGGUUGCACGAUACUUUGAGCCUCUGCUCUUCCUACGACUUCAAUCUUCCCUUCCCGAACAUAAUUACUUCCUUCGAUUCUUUCCAGUCUUCCGUAGACUGGCUUAUACCCCGAGUCCGGCCGCUACCUCAAGGGAACCAGGAUAUAAUAUCGGUCCCCCUCUUCCUCUGCGCACCGUUAACACCCCUCGUUAUACUCGUACUAUAUCUCACGUGGCCAAAGGAGGCCGCCCUGGCUUUCUCUGCUCAUCUUCCCAUUCGCGAUUAGCAAUGAGAUUGAAACUGCGAAGACGGCUGUUUUCUCAGUAACCCCUUUCCUCACUGGUGCGAACACUUUCUCCGGUCGCACCAACGACUCUAAUCGCGCAUGUGUCGAUGCUUUCGCC